AUGUGGAUGAUAAUUGAUGAAGUCAACUUGAAUGGCAAAGAUACUAUUGUAUUGGUCGACUUCGUCAUGAAUACCGAAAACAGAAUAUUUCUCUACAUCGAUCGUAUCCGAAGCCUGGAUGACGAGAUUCGGAUUGUGGUGAUGGCAGGGAUUAUCUACACACCAACAGAUGACUUCAUUCGGAAAGUAAAAGAGUUCAUCAAUGUCAGUUUCUUUGCACUGAGUCUUUCGAAUGAUCGACCAGAGAAACUGGAUGGCAGGGACACUGGAUGGUAG